AUGGAUAAUAAUCAACAAUCAACAAAAAUGCCAAAACCAUUUGAUAGUGAUCAGGAAUUAAGUGCAUCAGCUACAGGUGGUAAUCAACAACAACAACAAUUUGUAUUACUUGAAGAUGAUCGUCUUAAACAAGAAGAAGAUUAUCGUCAAGAAUUAAUGAAGGUUCAAGAUGAAAUUGUAACAUUACGUCAAGUACUUAGUGCUAAAUUAAAACGUGAAAAUGAAUUAAAAACAUUAUUAGGUAUUGGUAUUGUUGAUGAUAUAAAACAAGAUUGGAAUGAAACAGUUCAUGAUAUAAAAUCAAGUGUAGCAUAUCAAAAAACAGCUGAAACAUUAAAUGCUGCAUCAGAAAAAAUUGCACCAACAUUACAAACAGUUAAUUCAACACUUAAAUCUGGUAUUGGUACUCUUCGAAAUUCAACUUAUUUUAAAACAUUUGAAAGUACACUUGGUUCAACUGUUAAUGCAGUUAAAUCAAAAAUAACACCAUCAAAAUCAGCUAUGAGUUUUGAUGAUGAUAAUGAACAUCUUCAUCAAGGUGCUAGUGGAAGUUCUAUGAAUAGUAGUGCAACACAUGGUGAUCAUCUUGAUUUUGGUGGUAGUAGUUCAGAUGGAAAGAAAUAA